CUGUGUGGAGGAGUAUAGGCUGUGCUGUCAGCCCAGUGUCAGUCUGAUGAAGAUUGGCAUGCAGGCUUUGAGUGGAGAUUUGGAUACUUGGCCACAGAGCAGACAACAACCCUGAAAGCUGCUGUGUUGCUGUGGGCAAGCUAACUUCUCGAUGUGAAGCUGUCCCAUGAUGCAACAUGUGUCCCCAGCACCUGCAGUGACAAUGAUGGCCACCCAGAGUGUUCCUCCACCAUCGUACCAGGAGAGCCAACAGAUGACGGGGACGACUCAACAGAACACCAAGACCCCACAGGUCCACAUCCCAGCAGCCUCUGCAGCAGGAAAUACCUCUGUCAGUGUGACCCUUGACCCCCAGGCCCAGCUUGAGUCUGACAAGAGAGCUGUUUACAGACAUCCAUUGUUCCCACUGCUGGCAUUGUUGUUUGAGAAAUGUGAGCAGGCCACGCAGGGAUCUGAAUGCAUCACGUCAGCCAGCUUUGAUGUGGACAUUGAAAACUUUGUGCACCAGCAGGAGCGAGAACACAAGCCGUUCUUCAGCGAAGAUCCAGAGCUGGACAACUUGAUGGUAAAAGCCAUUCAGGUGUUGCGGAUUCAUCUACUGGAGUUGGAGAAGGUCAAUGAGCUCUGUAAGGAUUUCUGCAACCGUUACAUCACUUGCCUCAAGACCAAGAUGCACAGCGACAACCUCCUCCGUAAUGACCUCGGUGGACCCUAUUCUCCAUCACACACCAGUCUCAGCAUGCAGCAGGAACUAAUUCAGACCUCCUCUCCAUCCAUGACCUCUGUCUCCAGCUCUGUUAACCCUUCAGGGAUUGUGGUGCCUGCCGGGGGUCUGCAACAGGGCAGUGUCGCCAUGACCACCAUCAACUCUCAAGUGGUAUCGGGUGGGACCCUGUACCAGCCAGUUGCCAUGGUGACAUCGCAAGGGCAAGUGUUAACGCAGGCGCUGCCGCCGGGAACCAUCCAGAUCCAGAACUCGCAGGUAAAUGUGGACCUUUCAUCCCUCUUGGACAAUGAAGACAAGAAGUCCAAGAAUAAGAGGGGGGUCCUUCCCAAACAUGCCACCAACAUCAUGCGCUCCUGGCUCUUCCAGCAUCUCAUGCACCCAUAUCCAACAGAAGACGAGAAAAGGCAGAUUGCAGCACAAACAAGUCUAACCCUUUUGCAAGUGAACAACUGGUUCAUCAAUGCUCGUAGGCGUAUCCUCCAGCCCAUGUUAGAUGCCAGUAAUCCAGACCCAGCUCCUAAAGCGAAGAAGAUGAAGUCCCAACACCGUCCAACACAGCGCUUCUGGCCCGACUCCAUCGUGGCUGGAGUUCUGCAGACUCACAGAUCUCAAACAGGAAACAACUCAGACAACCCGCUGAGCAUGGACAGCCUCCAGUCACUGUCCUCAGACUCAGCCACCCUGGCCAUGCAGCAAGCCAUGCUGGGAGCCGAUGACUCCAUGGACGGCACGGAGGAGGACGACGAAGAAGAGGAGGAGGAAGAGGAAGAGGAGGAAGGGAUGGAGGAGGAAGAAGAGGAAGAGGACGGAGAGGAGGAACACGACAGGGGGAGGCAAAUGUCCGGCAGGGUAGGGGGAAGGAGAGAUGUGAGCAUGGAGCACAGAGAGGAGCUGGACCUACAAGUUUUGGUUGCCACUUCCAUUAGCAUCAUUUCCAGAUGCAGCAGCAACACAGUGUACACUAUCUUCUCAGUGUUGAAAAUGUCCAUCGCCCAGGCAGCGGCCAAGGCCAUGCUAUCUGAUGCCCUGCUGCAGGACAGCUCCGGGAUACAUCGGAUCAACCACCUGGAACUGGAGCUUCCUCUGGACAAGGUCAUCAAGUAUGUGUCUGUCGGCCUUCCGCUGAUGCUGGUGUGCAUGGCCUUUGCCCGUGAGAUCUCCCUGGGGCCUCAGAUCAGCUGUUUCCCUCCCAGCAAUUUCACCAUCAAGCAGGCCAGCUACGUAGACACAUACUGCUGGGACUCUCUCAUGCAUCACGAGUUUGACAGUGAUGGGAACUUUGAGGAACGCUCUCUCUGGGUGCAUAAAAUGUUUCCUUACUCUCUUUUGGCGAUGGCUGUGUUGAUGUACCUACCGGCUCUGAUCUGGCGCCAGCUCGUCAUGCCCACGCUGGGCUCAGACCUGCUCUUCAUAAUUGACGAACUAGACAAGUCGUACAACCGCUCAAUUCGACUGGCCCAAAGCAUUCUGGAUAUGCGCCAGAACACGAUGAACCCACUCACAUUUCAGGCCGAGCUGCAGAGGGCUAAGAAGAAGCGAUACUUUGAGUAUCCCCUUCUGGAGAGAUACAUGCAGUGCAAACAAAACUCCUACUUCCUUGUUAGCAUGCUUUUCUUGCGGGGCUUCCUUCUCCUGACCUUCAUGACUGCUGCCUGCCUCUACCUCGCCUACUUCCAUCUCUCUGCCUUCCUGCAGGAUGAAUUCAGCUGCUUUGUCCGCACAGGCAUGCUGCGCGAUCAGAACUGGGUUCCUGAACUGGUUCAGUGUAAAAUGAUUGGCCAGUUGGUGUUUCAGGUGAUAAGCGUGGUCAACGGUGCCAUCUAUGUCCUGCUGGCACCCAUUGUCCUCUUCAGCCUCAUCCGACUCUUCGUUUGGGACACCACCUUCAUCUCUGUGUAUGAGGUCCUCCCAGCUCUGGAUCUUAUGAACCGCCGAAAGCUGGGCUGCCCGCUGAAUGACCUCAAUGUCCUCCUGCUUUUCUUGCGUGCCAACGUCGCUCACCUGAAGUCCUAUGGGCAGGUGAGGGCUUUGUGCUCUCUGGCGCCGCCACAGGUGGGCAACGCAACUGCAGGGCAGGGUUUAAACGCAAUGCUGACCCAAGAAGAGAUGGAGGAGCGUGAAGAGGCUGCGAUGGAGCUCACAGAGGAAGUAGAGGAGGCCAAGGAAGAAGGGAAGCUAAAUUUAGUGGACAUCAUGACGAUCCUGGGAGCGGCACAGGGAAGAGUGGUGAACUGCAGCGAGAAGAGGCCUCUGGUGGAAGAGAAUAUGAGUCUGGGUACUGUAACACUUAUCUACACACUCAAACGCAUUCUGCUAGUGGCUAUUUUCGUCUACAUCAUUUGGGAUGUCCAGACUCCUCUGCCAGAGCCCGUAAAGCUUCUGUGCUGCAGCCAAUUUCCCAGAGUCAGUAUGUGUGAGGAGGCUGGUGUUGCUGUGAUUGGAGCAAUGCCUUUUGGAAUCAAGAAAUUGCUGGCAAUCUUCACUGACUUCGACUAUGUCAACAUGCUGGACACCAACUACCGCUGUUUUCACUCUGUUCCUCAAAAUGUUCAGCAUCACGCUCACAUAUUAAAGCAGGAUAUGAUAGAGUAACAUGGGAGCACAAAGGCAUCCUUAGUCUGCUCUGUGCUGUCAUUCUGCCUGCCUGGAUAAUGGUGAUGACUCUGUUACAUCCAAACAAUGCUAAUGUAAUAUCAUCACAGGCUUUACAGAACUCUUAUGCGGCCAUAGCACAGCAGCAAGCUCCAUGCAUGCUGGAUUCAAGUGACUGAAUUUGUACUGUUAUACAGUUUGACAACUCUCUGUUGUCCAACCUUUUCCCUUAACACUGCAUGAGAAUUUACUGAUGCGAACAGAUGGAAACAUCCAAUUACUUUGUGCUCAUCCAGUUCCAAUUUUAUAUGGCAAUGAUGUAUGUGUUAGAGGCUGGUGACACGUGGGUGUAAAGGACUGGAUUGCCUUGAAACUGGCCACACUACCAUGUAAUUAAUACAGCCUUAUGAAGGCCAAGAGUGAGGGAGGGGAAUGGUGAGAAAAAAGAGGUUGAAAACGUUAACUACAUGCCUCUUGAUGCACUAUAUACAAGCAUAUAUACAUACAUGCAUGGGCCUCUGUACCCCUAUGUAGAUAUUCCAGCUAGAAUAGUCAUUCACCACAUUAACAAUGUCUCGACUGUAUUUCUCAUUCAUUUAAUGUUAUAUUAACUGGAAAAAAACUGCCUUUCUUUCAAAAAUAAGAGCAUUUCUAAGCGACCCCAAAGUUUUGAAUGUUAGUGUAUAAAAUCUAAAAACAUUCAUAUAGUGUCAUCCUUAUUUGAAAAAAAGGACAAAGAGAAUAAGCAGCAUCUACACACAUAAAGUACGUUCUUGUUUCUUCAAUAUUUGCAUAAAAGUUAGUGUUUAUUUUUUGAAUCGUGAAUUAAUUUAAACAUGCAAUUUGAAGAUACUCUAGCUGCAUAAAACUACAUGUAACAAUGUCUUGCAAAAUUACGUUCCUAUUCGUAUUUUCUUUAUUACGGAUUAUGGUUGUUUGUGAUGUGUCACAAAUACACACUAAUUAACAUAUCUUUGCCAUUUCUUUUACUGCUUUACCGCUGCUCUUUUUCUGUCAAUCUAGUAAUACAGUUAAAAGAGUACAAAAUUCAAACAUGUUGUGAAAGGGUUGUUUGGUAACCAACACUAUGAUACUGGGUUUCACGCCUGUUUUUCAUUUUUUUCAGCAACUCACAUCAUCCCAUGGUAUUUUCUUUGGUAAAACAAGCCAUGAGAAAGUUUGAUUCUGGUCUUCACUCACUUUUGACCAAAUGUGUAAUUUCAGCACUGAAUA